AUGUUGCAUCAAAACAAGGACCAGGUGCUGCUACAGAAUGCAGUGCCCCCAGAGUGUCCCCCUCAGGUCCUCUCACAGUUCAUGGACUCCCCUCCACCCAACUUAGCAUCUCUUUCUCCCCAUCAGACCCUCCCUUCUUCCCACUUUCCUUUGCCCACCACCACGCAGGCAUAUUUAAUUUCUGCUCUGACACAGACCCCGUCUCCUGGACCUCACUUCUACUCUUUGGAUUCGAAUUCUGACUUUGUUCCUCUUCCCUACUCUUCCUCUCUCCCAGGAUCCUCCUCUUGCUUUUGCCAAAACUAUACUUAUUUUGGUGAACAACUCCCCUCUCCUCACUCCACCUUUCCCUCCAACUAUCAGCUCUGUCUCUCUCCCCCUCUUACCAGCUCCUCCUCUCUUUCCCAGCUACAAAAUUCCUCUCCUCACUCCUACCAGUCUGCUUCAUCCCUCCAGGACUUUCAAAGCUCUAGGGUCACAUCCCCCAUCCCCACGUCAUCUUCUCAAGGAAUUCAGAGGAACAAGCAAGCAUGGCAGUGGCCUCCAUCCAGAAGCAUCAGGUCCUCUGGGGUGGCAGGGGGAUGUGUGCCAAGCAAGGUGGACCCUACAGAAUUCAAGGACCCAGGGGCCCUUGCCAAAGCCCUGGUGGCCCAUGUGGGGCACCACAGAAUUGCACAAGACCUACAGCUACAGAUUCUGCAGCACAUGUGGCUAGGCACAACUGGCCCGGCCCCAGUCGUGGAGUACCCCAUAUGUCUAGUGUGCCUCCAGCUCCGCACCCCAUCUUGUCCCACCCCCAAGUACAAGACUAUACCUCGGCUGCUUGCCUUCCCACAACUACUGCCCUGUGCCCAGGGCCAGGAAUCUGGGCCUCUCCGAAUAGGCAUUGGCUUUGGCCUCUACCUGCCUCGGGGCCAGGCCAAGGCUUUGCAUCUGUUGCCAAACAAAAGAAGAAAAAGACUGGUGGAUGUAGAGUCCCAGGCAGAGACCCUCCAGAGUCAAAAGCCUGCAACCCGAGCAUCAGUGCAAACCACUGGCACAAUCUUCCAGACUGGGAGCCUUUGAUCUGUAGACCUUCAAUCACCAAAACCCAGCCAGUGCUUCAGGUCUCUACUUCAGGAGCCAAUACAGGUCACUGUUUCCACAAAGCCCAGGCCUUCUGUCUCAAAGUGGUCUGUGUCCCUAGGGUCUAUUCCAUGAAAGUCUCCAUCUUAA